AUGGCUGCCUCCGCUGUAUUGCAACCUCACCAUGCGAUGCAGUAUGAUCAUCGCGCGUUUGACGCCUUAAUGGACGUUGACGAAUCCGCUCAAUAUUUUGAGUCGCUUACCGGCUAUGAGCAUUUGCGCUCCGGGCUCAGAGAUAUCUUCAUGCGCCAUGGUGUGAAUGACGAGCUCGCGGUCGCGCUGCUCCAUCGGCACUUCGAGAUGGCCGCGAACGAGAAACUCGUGGAACUCGGACCUGUGUCUUCACCAUGGCCAAUCGCUGCCCACGAGGAUUCUGUAGUGGGCGGACAUAUCCUCCCGCACACCUGGCGCGUAUUUGAGAAUGAACUCCAAGAUGCCCAGAAAGUUCAAUUCUCGCUGGCUUUCUUCAAGGACUUUCACCAAUACGUGAAAAAAAAUGGUCUCGAAAAUGUCAUUGGCAUAACCCACAUUGAUCAUGGGAGAGACGCAAGCGAAAGUGAUGUUCAGCUAAUGGAAAUCACCCAUGGCCGAAAUUCGAUCAUGGUUCCCACCAUUCCAACAAGCGAGCUUCCCGGUCCCGUCUUUCAAACCAUAUGGUCAUUUGUGGAGAAGCGAGAGUCGAGAUCGGAUGACAAUGGCGUCCAGGUGCGGCAUGGGGUCUGCUGGGGAGGCAAGUCCACGGAUGCCUAA